AUGCCUUCCAAUGCGGCGAGUAGUGUAAGAGAAGACGUCGCCACCUCACAUACACAUCCCACACCACCAAUAGAGAUGGACGUCACCGACCAAGCGACAGCAGGAGCGCACCCAUCAGAUCCGGAAGGAGCGGAAUCCAAUCAGACCACACAACCGUUCCAACCCACCGCCACGACAUCAACGUCACCGGCAGACCCCAUGGCCGCCCUAACAACACUUCCCGACCACCCACCCCUCACCCGCGCCCAAACCGAGGCCCUCGGCCCAGCUCUAGACGACGACAUCGCCGCACCCCCACCCCUCCCCGACACCCCCGCCGCCAACCACACCCUCCAAAUCAACCUCAUGCUCACCACCGGCGCCAAACACCCCUACAACAUCUCCGAGAAGUACUUGACCUCCCGCAAUGCCGUGGCGAAGAAUACAGCCGGGGAUUUUGACCCCAAGCAGUUGACUGGAUACAAAUUGAAGGAGUUGAUAUGGCAGGAUUGGCGGAGGGAGUGGGAGGCUAGGCCGGCGAGUCCGAGUUCUAUUCGCUUGAUUACGAUGGGAAAGAUGGUGGAGGAUAAGAAGGUUCUUGCUGAUUAUUCUUUCGCGCUCGAUCGAUCAAAUGUCGUGCAUAUGACUAUCAAACCCGCGGAGUUCGAUCAGGAUGAUGAGGCGGGCGGGAAGCAUGCGGGGAAGGGUUCGUCGAUCAGGAUGAGGGAUGGUGGGGAGGGGGGUGCGGGUUGUCGGUGUGUUAUCUUGUGA